AUUCCCUUAGCCAUUCAAGAAGCCAUGACAGGAACUCCAGAAUCGUGCAGCUGUCUUUGCUCAGAUCUGCAAAAAAAGGAGGUUAAAUCUUGGAUUUUUUUGGAUCUACGGCAGGGAGAGGAGCGAUGAAGAUCAACGGUGAUCAGGAGGGGUUAGGGUUUGCUUUUUCUUUGUAUAAAUAGGGAUUGUAAUCUGAGUUUCAGGGGUAAGUUUUGAGAGAGAAGAGGUCUGAGAGCUCUACCUGCUGCUAUUGUUGAAAUCGUGUUUUCCUUGAGCAAAAUUUCUGACAAACACAACCAAUGGAGAAGGCUUCUGUAAAGAUGGCGUUUUUUAUUUUCCUGUUAGCCACAGGUUUGGUUUUUUCAGCGAAAGCAAUACCUGUGGGACUGAAGUGCAGAUUUCCUAUUGAAUGCAAGAAUAUUAUGUGUCGGCCGGGCGUCUCUGCUAUGUGCAGUGGCGGCGAUUGUUCUUGUCCACCUGGCCUGUCGACGACGAAGGGAACGUAAUUAUGGAGGAACCCUUUGUUGUUUUUGCUUCUGUUCAUACUCUUUGUGCUUCUUGUUUCUCCCAUGAUUGGGAUGGAUAUUUUGUUUAUCAGAUCAACUUUUGUAAGGCCUAGUUUAUCUAUUUAUAAAAUUUCCUAUUUGCA